AUGUCCACUCAACUCGACGCCGCCGCUAUCGCCCGUGUCUCCCUACACGACCCCACCCACUUCAGCAUCCAGCACUCCCAAACCUUGCACCGCCUGGUGCUCCUGCAGCACUGGAACAUUCCCACUGACUCCAAGGUGCUGGAACUAGGAUGCGGACAGGGAGACUGCACGACUGUCCUUGCCCAUGCUGUGGGCGAGCAGGGGAGGGUGGUGGCAGUAGAUCCUGCGGACUUGGAUUACGGUGCCCCCUAUACUCUCGGCCAAGCACAGGGUCACAUCUCACAAGGCCCGUUGGGUAGGCAGAUUACUUGGGUCCAGAAAUCCCCCCUAGACUAUCUCUCCUCCCUCCCCCCCGCCAGCGAAACUAAGGCCUUUGACGCAACAGUACUCGCCCACUGCCUAUGGUACUUCCCCUCCCCCUCGCUCAUUCUUUCCACCUUCCAUGCCCUCAAGCAGCACAGCAAGCGUCUACUCCUUGCCGAGUGGUCGUUAGUAGCGACGCACCCCUCUGCUCAGCCUCAUGUAUUAGCUGCGCUCACUCAGGCAGCGCUGGAGUGCCGUAAACCCAAGAACAGCGUCUCGAACGUCCGCACGGUGCUGGGGCCAAAGCGGCUUACCGAGCUGGCACUGGCUGCUGGGUGGCAGCUGGAGAGUGAGACCCGCGUGCAAGGUGGGGAGGGAUUGUUGGACGGACAAUGGGAGGUCUCUGCUUGUCUUUCUUCCUCUUUCGAAAGGGAAGUAGAGGAGAAAGUGAAUGAUGAGAGGGAACGGGCGGUGGUUUUUGCGUCACGGGAUGCGUGUGAGGCGAGCCUGGAGGGUAUAAAGGGGGGUCGGAAAGGAGUUAGGGCUAUGGAUAUUUGGGUUGCUAGUUUCGUCUGA